AUGAAAAUAAAUAAUUCUGUCACAGGCAUCAAAGCAAACGAAGAUGCUAAGCGAUUGUAUGAGAGCAUCAUAAAGCGAAACGAGUACAUAAUAAAUGUCGUCGCUAAUGGGAGCACGCCUUUGACUGUUAAGUUGGGAUUGAGAUUGUCUCAGUUGGUGGAUGUCGAUGAAAAGAAUCAGAUAAUCACCACCAAUGUCUGGCUCAUACAGGAAUGGAUGAAUUCCAAUUUGAAAUGGGACCCGGCAGAUUACAGCGGCCUGAACAAGUUACACGUUCCUCCGCAAGACCUCUGGAUUCCCGACAUUGUACUUUAUAACAAUGCAGAUGGCAAUUACGAAGUGACCCUGAUGACCAUGGUCAGUAUUCACAGCGAUGGCAGGGUGAGGUGGGAGCCCCCUGUCGUCUACAAAAGUUCAUGCCCCAUUGACGUCGAGUUUUACCCCUUUGAUGAGCAGCGGUGCAGCUUCAAAUUCGGCUCAUGGACCUAUGACGGCUUUCAGGAAAAGAGGAUAAAACAUCAAGCAAACAAAACAACGAAUGUAUGCUUGUAUGUAUACUCGGGUAGUAUAGAUUUGCGGGAUUUUACGGAAAGCGUGGAAUGGGAUCUGUUGAAGGUCCCGGGACGCAGGAAUCAGAAAUACUACACUUGCUGCGUCGAGCCUUUCACGGAUAUCACUUUCAGUAUUUUCAUCAGGAGGAAGACUCUUUUCCAUACUGUCAACUUGAUCAUCCCGUGCGUCUCUAUCACCUGCCUUACGGUUCUUGUCUUCUAUCUCCCAUCUGACAGUGGUGAGAAGAUUUCAUUAUGCAUCUCCAUUCUGCUCUCCUUGACUGUGUUCUUUCUGCUGCUGGCUGAAAUCAUCCCCCCGACAUCCCUUGUGAUUCCUCUGAUUGGAAAGUUCCUGCUGUUCACGAUGAUACUGGUCACUCUUUCCAUCGUCACAACGGUCAUCGUCUUAAACGUCCACUUCAGGUCGGCGUCCGCCCACACGAUGCCUGUCUGGGUUCGAAUCCUCUUCCUUCGCGUCCUGUCCCGACUGCUCGGUCUGCAGGAUAAAAAGUUUUGUGACGCCGCUACUAGGAAUGAAUCGUCUGAGGAGGAGUUGAGUGGCGAUCAGUUUCAUCAUCAGAACGUAAAAAUACAAAAAUGUCCCGGAAGUCCCAUGUUUAGAAUCGAAAAAAUUUCAAACAUAAAAGAACCUACGGCCAAUGUUCAUACAGCCUCCUACGUAAACAAUGACAACGAUGAUGUCACAGCCACCAGCGACGCAGCAGCAGCAACAGCCGCGCCACAACAAACCAGCGACCAAACGACCCGUAAGAACAACUUAUCAGGGCAGCGACCUAUGAGGCAGUUCAUGAAGAGUUCCGAGUUUGUCGCCAGGCACAUGGUCGAUGAAGACGAAGGCGCAAACAUUCGUGAGGAUUGGAAAUUAGUGGCCAGGGUCCUGGAUCGUUUGUUCCUCUUCAUCUUCAGUUGCACGUGCGUCGUUGGUACCAUAGGGAUAAUCAUGAAGGCCCCCACCAUUUAUGACGAUAGAUUGCCCAUCACUACUACUUCCGGCAGAAGAUGA